AUGGGCGGAAGCACACAGAAGCAGCACCGACAGCGCUGGCAAAGCCGCCACCACGCACGAAGACAGUGCGGUGCCCGCAGUAGCGAAGAGCUCAUUUCAACGAAUGCCGUUCGCCCCUCGAACACAGUAGCCACGGCCGGCGUUCUGAACCGAGCCGCAGGUGGCAGCGGGAACGGCACGAGCCGCGCGCAGUCCCCGCCGGCGACGUCGUGCGCGCCGCAGCAGCCGAGCAGCGCAGCACGGCUGGCCGCGGCCGGCCCCAAGCUGUCUCGGGGCGGCCUGUGCUGCGUGCACGAGGGGGCCGCCACCGACGACGAAGAAGCGGACGACGUGGCUCGCAAGUCCGCGGCUGGUCGGCGGCCGCCCCCGUCGCAAGCCAAGGUGGCGCGGUUCCACGAGCUGCGGCGGCAGGCCUCGGCCAAGUCGUCGCCCGAGCAACGAAAGCGAGAGGCCUCACCGCCGCUGUGCCACGUCGAGCUGCGCGGCAGGAAGGUCGUCAAGAAGACCUCGCCGGACUCGAAGGUUACCUUAUACAUGGAGAAACGGGAAUUCUGUGACCUGGGAACUUGCACGGAGCCAGUCGAGGGCGUGGUAGUGCUCGACGCCGACCAGCUGCAGCCCAACGAGCGGCUCCUGGUGGCGCUGGUGGGCCGGUUCCGGUACGGCCGCGAGGAGGACGAGAUCCUGGGCAUGACGCUCUGCCGAGAGGUCUACCUGGGACACACGCAGCUCUGCCACGAGCAGCCCAGCUCGCCCCGCACCCCGCAAGCCGCCACCGGAUCCUCCACCACCGAACCGCCAAAAUCCCCCGGCCGUGCCCUGUAUGCCAUGCAGCUGGGACCUGUGCACCGAAGGUUGAUGGACGCCCUGGGCGAAGCGGCCGUGCCUUUUCGUUUCGAGUUUCCCCGCGACGCGCCGGUGUCGACGGUGAUGCAGCGGCUGACUCCGGAGUCCGGAGACACGUGCGGAGUCCGGUACCUGGUGCGGUGCUACACGUUGCUCGAUGAAGAAGAGACGCCCGCGCAGUGCAGAAGCUGCGUGAACAUCGGCAUCCGCAAGGUACAGUGCGCCACCACGCCGCGCCCCAUCUGCGUCGGCCCGCGGUCGGCGUUGCUCACCAAGGACUUCCCUCUCAACGCCGGCAAGCUGGUGGUGGAGGCGAGCCUCGAAAAAGAGCUCUACUUCCACGGCGAAGAAAUUGUGGUUAAAGUGAACGUCCAGAACCAGUCGCAAAAGACGGUGAAGCACAUCAAAGUUUCGAUCCUCCAAGUCGUGGACAUCUGCAUGUUCUCUACGGGCCGCUGGAAAGUUUGUGUCGCUACGGCAAACGGAAGCAAGGACGACUGCCCCGUGCUUCCCGGCUCGACAGUGGAGCGCCGCGUGUCGGUGACACCAUCCCUGGAGGAGAACCGCCAGAAGUACGGCGUCUUCGUCGAGAGCUACAAGGGCGACGACAUUCACUGCCUCGCUUCUUCCACCAUCAUCUCGGACCAAGCCAGGAAGAACCUGUUCGGCAUCGUCGUCUCCUACGAAGCGAAAGUGAAAGUGUAUCUCGGCACGCUGAGCUCCCUUUCGGGGCGAGGCGAGAUGGCUUGCUUCGUGCCGUUCCUGCUGAUGCACCCGAGGCCCGCAGAGUCGCCCGUCGACCUGAGCCCCGACGAGACGCUCGCGGCCACCACGUCGUCCAACAGCGCCAAGCCCGUGCCGGCCACGGGGCUCGACGAGGUGAUCGCCGAGUCCACGGCGCGCACGGGCGCGGCCGUCCUGCAGGGACCGCCGGAGUGCAGUCCCGGUGGAUCUGUGGACGUCCUUGGCGGCGACAGCCCCACUGAGACCGCGACACCGGCCGGUUCCUACUGCGAAGAUGAGCUCGUCCGCAAGUUCGACGAGGUCAACACCAGCAGCGACUGAAGCUGCGGAGGCUACGGGAAGCAGUGGCCAUUCUUGUUGCCAAUCAGUGCGGCUCGUCUGUGGCAAGCGCACGCGCCUGUCGGUACGAGCGUGCCAGUGGUCCAGAAAUGCUCCGAGACCCAACAGCCUUGCCUCGUACGGAGUCUGACUCGUACUUUCCUGUCGUGCAUGACGCGACAGUUUCCAGCAAGUGUGAUGCUCUGCUUUUCGUAAUGCUGCUGCAGGCUUUCACGACAAACAUUCAGUAGGGCAUGCCGAAUCUGGCAGCCCAUUCAGCAAGAAGCGCUUGUCGGCGUCCGAUAACAGAAGAUAUCGUAGCUGAGGCUGUGUAGUGAGAAAAAUGUCUGCUGCAUUCUUGAGCUUGCCUCACGUAGGCAAACAAUUGCCUUUAUUUACUUCCGGCGAGCUCGUCAUGGUUAGAAGGUAGAAGAAAAAGACAUAUACUGGCAACAAUCGCAAUCACAGGAUUGUUGGCCUGCUUCGGCUCCGAUGGAAACUCGCUGUUCCUUGCGCAAGCCCGGCUCCGCAAGGAUAACGCUCCUUGGGCGACAUCUUUGCAAAACCGCGCUUGCGUGUUGUUCUAGUGAAAGGCUGUAUAGGCGUCGAUUUCUUCGGCGCAGUCGCGCGAAGUGAAUCCUUCCUACUGGAAAGGCACCGAGAUUUACAAUACGCGCGCACUGCGAACUUGUACUAAGUUGUUUGCGCCACUCGGGGCGCUCGCUACAUAUGCGUGAUUCUUUCCAUAGUUGCGCGUGUAUGCUAAAAGCUUCUCGAUGUUUCUGUGCCGUCUCAAGAGCUGUUCAAUACCGCGAAUGAAUUUUUGUUUGUUUGUUUGGUGCUUGUUGUGGUCUUGGUGACACGAUGUUCGCUACUCGUGCGAGUCGAGAAUAUCCUACCAAUGUCAGCAUGUUGGCGCUUGUUAAAUGCUGAAGCGGUGCAUGCCUUUGUUUUCUGUCCUUCGAUGGUGCUUAUCUUGCACCAAAGCAGCGAGAUUUUCGCGAACUCUCUACGGAGUCAGUGACAAGCUUCGACUACAGCACGAAUCCAGAAUGGAGCUGCAAACUACCACACACUGUCGUUUUUGCGGAUUCCUCCAGUUCUUGUUGACGUGAGCACGCAGAGGCGCUGCCUCUGCAGGCAAUCUUGUUCUACUACGUUCGUUGUGAAUAGCUGUUUAUCUUCCUCGCGUUGUUGUCCCGGUGCCAUGAUUUGUGAUCUUUAUCAGACUAACACGAGCUUAUGGGGACCACGCAGUCUUGGACUAGCGCAGAUGAAGAAAGAGCGAUAGGAUGGUUACGCUUGAUGAAGGCUUUCGGUGAUGGGCGUAGCCGACGAGUGAUUAUGUUGUCAUCGACGCGUUGUGCCAAAACAUAUAUAAACAUACAUGUAACUGCCGUGAUAAGCGCCUGCUUGAGGCCACAGCUGGGAUAAGAGCGAAGACAAAACGGCUACGAAACGGUAUCAUGAUUGCUGCUGAGGUGCGAAAGACAAUGAGUGGGUAGCGGCGCUGUUUUGAUUAAGCUUGGAUGUUUAUUUAAGCGUCCCCGGACCAUGCGUAACGUACUUCGUGAUGUAGUGUGAUGUGAUUAUUGCAGCUGCCCUCUCAGUACUCUUCGCUGUAACUUUGUAUUGGUGUUCGAGGCAUCCGGCAACCGAAGAAGCACGCACCUGAAACAUGCGCACGCCAAGAAGCCCUCUUCCAGGGCUUCUUUCAUUAAGCAUUGUCUAGAGAAGAAGUAGCAGUUUUUCUUCUCGGCCGCUUGCCAAGAGUCUCAACAAAUUCGUGGCAAGGCAACCCGCGCUACGAACAGAACCUUUGUGUUGUGUUCUGAAAUCAACUGCGUCUCGUGUAGCUGCCCGACUAUGAAAUAGUGUAGAGCCUACGGGGAACAAUCGUGUCAAGCUCGAUACCCCGCAUUUUGUAUACGGUGCUGCCACUUUGUUCUGAGUUGAGUGUGCAACGCUGACGCUACUUCCACACCUGCAUUUAGAGAGCCGCUGCUACACCAGCCAGGCGAUCCCAUCUCACUUUCUCUCUCCAGAGCAAACAAAUGAAGGGGAUCUCCGAGCGGGCGCAGGAGUAGGCAGCGAGCCACGCGCUCUUUUUCGCGACUCCUUUUCAUUCAGCGCUUUCCGGACGCAGAGGUCGUUCACACACGCAAUUUCCUGUUGCAGCGUUGCUUCCCGAAAAGUUAUCUAUUUUGGCGUACUCUCGCCUCCCCCUUCCCCUCCGCCCUCUCUGCCCCUCUACCGUCACCGCAAUUAUUUAAGCAACGGCGGGAGGCAUAGCACAAAGCUGAUUUUGCAAGUGCCUGCACGCAUGCUGCAGCAACGGGGUGCUAUUGGUGCAUACGCCAAGAUGAAAUGAACAAAAAAGAUUAACCUAAUAAUGGCGCAAGCAGAUCAUUACGCGAACCGCGCGCGCGUGCUGUCAGGCUGCAGUCAUAUGUAUGUAAGUCACGAAGCGGACCAUUGCCCCGUUCCCUCCGUUCUCGAUUUUUUUACCUCGCGUCGCAGGGCCCGCAGGAUUCCUCGCGUGUACAUACAUUUCUAAAUCACGUGCCGCGUUGAUGUCCGGUGACCACCGCUCUCUAUAUUUGAUACGAAACACAUAUGGCAUCGCGUCAACGUGCAGGCAUGGAAGGCAAAAAAAAAAAAGAAAAACACAGACAAGCAGCGUUUGCUCCCCUCCAGAUCAAAUUCCAAGCACCCGUCGUCGCUCGGCUAAUGAGAAAAGUUGCCCGGCGCGCACCAUUGGUAGGCGUAGAACAACAACAAACAAGGUAUGCCGCAGAGAUGGAGAGAGCGCGCACGGCAUAUUAAAGCACCUUGUACUAUACGGCCCGUUCUAGUCGGUCGCCUCUUACUUGUCGAUGCAGACCGUCCCUCCUCCUCAUAAAUCAUUCUGUUGGCGGCAUCAGCGACCGCAGGAACGCGUGUGCGUGCUUCCCUAUCCAUUUCCCCGAAAGCAGGCCCAGUGCGCUGACGCAACUGUUCCCCCGGGUGACAUUGAAGCAGCUCGGUCGCACGUGGUUCGCUCGGCGGCGCGUCCGGCGCUAAGGUGCCUAACAGCCGUCUGCGACCCUGGCGGUCCGCGCGGCGAUAUUUCUUCGACCAUGUACAAAAGCAAAUGGCUUGUCUCGGCUGUCACCCGGCGGCGCCGCCACGCUGGAUUCUCAGCAAAGACGUGACGCGGCUGCCUGUCUUGUCGAGAGCCGACCGCCGCAUGGCGGGGAUGAUAUGUAAGGAAGGCGAACGGCACGCGCGCCGCUUACCACCCACGUUUCGCGAGAAGGAAGCGUUGUGUGCGGUUCGCUCGAGUUACGCUGCUCUCGGGAUUGUUUUUGGGAUGGCUGUGCUGUGAUUAGACUUACUACAACCAUUUACUACCACCGCUACUGAUAUACUGGACUGUACGAGUAUAAUGUGUAUGCAUACGCACUGUACAGAUUUGAGGUGUAUAGCUUGUACACAUGUCCAAUAUAUGGAAAUGGUUAGCUGAUGUGUUGAGCAUGUCGCUGGUCUUGUUGGUGGUAAGCGUGCCCAUGUAGCCUGUUUACCGCACAUUGAUGUGGGAAAAGAAAAAUGUGAGCCCAAGUCUCUCGGCUUGUGACACUGCACUGUCGUUGUUCUGAGACUGUGACACUGACUUCAGGUGGCUCGCUGCAGGAGCUUCUUCACCUCGUGACGCUUAUACCUCGAACUCCAGAGAUAACGAGCUAAACUGCAACAUUUCUAUUAAUGUAUAAAAUUUGAGGUGCCACUUGGUUCUUUGAACCUGGUAUUCAACUGCCUGCGAUAAAAGUCAAUGUAAUCAGGAGUAAGGUAUGAACUUUCAGUGAAAUUAUAGGGAUAACAGAAAGAGAAAACUGGAAAUGCGGAAAGGAAGCGUAAUCUGAGCAACGUCAGCUCUUAUAUGUCUGCCAGAGAAACAGAUUUCAGGGGAUCAUAUAUAUAUAGUGUUGAGAUCCUUUCUCCCCUUGAUUAAUUACAACGCUAUGUUUUGCCUCGGGGUGACUUCUCUAUCGUCAGUUAAGACCAAAAUUCCCAUCGCCUGGCUACCUUCCGCGGGAGAACACAGGAUUCCAUCAGGAGCUUUAUCAGGAACCACAGCUCCACUGUAUGUCGCUUCGGAGCUGGUUUGACACAACAAAUGAGCCAUCUGAGCUGUGACUACACCAUAUCAACUGGAGGCCUUGGAAAAAGUUCAUACAAACCUACAGGGAGCAUUCAGUCUGAUAGCAGUUUGCACACAGUCACCUCAAUCAUGGUUUCGCUAAGCUUGGAAACGUAUCUGGUCUCUAGCUCCGUUUAAUGACUCAAUGGAAGUCGCCGUGCUUGUGUGAGCUCAUCCGCUUUGAGGUUACAUCUUUUCACAUGCUUUGAUGUCAUAGGAAGACAAGAAAUUAUCGUACACACCGAAAAUCUAGAGACAUUUUUGGGCAGUUACUAAUAUAGCCACGAUUUCAGUAAUAGAUUACAACAUAAAAGGUUGCUUGAAUCAAACACUUUACACUUCAACAGCGGGAAAGUAUCCUUGCAUUGAAAAUUUAACCUAAAAGCUGCUUCUCAGAAUGUCUCAAUAACUCAAUUACGAAUAUGAACACAUUCGCGAGGAGCCUUGGCAACACAGUCAUCAAGUGCGAUACUAAAUCAGUACAGCUAAUGAACUACAAGUGCUCGUGGUUGUUGGUGGCGUUGCUUAAACUGGGAUAGAGCCGGCGGAUGUGUAAGAAAAGUUUCUAGUCACGUUGCUCACUGAAUGAAUAUUCUGCAAGGAACAUCACAAUUACGAGGUAGAGACUCAACCUCGAUCCUAACAUUAGCUUAUUGUUGUAGCAGCAGUGGACGUCUUGCAUAUAAUAUGAUAAAUUAAGGGAAUAAAUUAUAUAGUCCUUCUAGUGUGUGUUACAAACUAAUCAUUCGUUUCAGCAGCUAAUCCCUCAAUGGUACAAAGUUGGCACACUGAAGAAACGAUAUCUUCCUGACCACUGCUAACUUCUACAUCUGCAGACGGUCGCAUUUACUGGGCAAAAACUGUUUUUGCUUUAUUACCACGGCAGGUUCGAGCUAAAGCUCCUUAUCCACUUUUUCUCAUUAAUUACUUGGUCGCACCCACACAUCAAGGAUUAUAUUGCAAGCACAGCCUCACGCCAGCACAGCGACUUUGGGUAGUGGGUAAGAUCAGUAAGACACUGUGCGUAAGCCCAUAGGAAGAGAGGAGACUGAAAAUUCUAAAAGACAAUUUCCCGGCGGCUUUAGCGAAAUUAGUCGAAACGAGUGCGUCUGCAUGAUCACUUAUGGGCAGACUAUACUUACUGCCAGCAGUGCCACGUUUUCAAUCAGAUAUCAUGGUUCGAGAAGGUAUAGAAGUGGUGGUAGCGUGUAUAUCUGUGAGUUUCGACGACACUGGACGGGAUGAUGUGUCUGAUAAAUGACGUCAUCGACGGAAUGUGACCCCCCCUCCCCCUUGUCCAGAGCAGUUCCUCGCAAGAAUACACUCACGGAGACGUAUAUACACUGUUGUACGCGAAUCUCAUCUAACCACAAUGCUUGGCUAAUCGAGCUUUCAUAUUUUGUUUUACCAGCCUUACUGUAACGCGCUUGCAUCGUCAUCGUCAACAAGUUCACUAAUAAAAGUCAUAUAUGGCGCUUGAA